UUUCCAAGUUGCUCGAAGAUGAGAAAGCUGGGCUCUGAUUGGCUGAGCCCUACAAACCCGAACUGCACUGCGGGAUGAAAUCACAGUGUACUGUGAGAGACAGUGUCAAUACUCCCUUUAACACUCACUGAGCGCGCGAGCCAAGGAGGCAUCACGAUGCUGUCGUAUUUUCCCAACGCCGCCGCAGUGUCAUCAGUCACGGGAAAGAUGGAAAACAGAGUGUUUGGCAACUCUCCCGCCGCUCAUUUGGGGAGGGGUAUAGGUUUUACUCCGUUUUCGCAGCAUUCCUAUCCGACGCCCCUACCGGCGUGCGGGCCGUACGGGUAUGAAUUUCCCGGUGGAAACCUGGGGCACUCUUCCUUCAGCAUGGAAAGUCUACUACCCAGAGGCCAGGGAUCGCCUACCUCCCUUACACCAGGGUCUCGCAUAUCGUCUCAUCAUUCGCCAGAUCCCGGGUCAGAUCUCAAGGACGGCGAAAAAGAUGACUGUCACCCAAAGCGUCGACGCACGAGGACCAACUUCACCGGUUGGCAGCUAGAAGAGCUGGAACGCGCCUUUCAGGACAGUCACUACCCUGACGUCUUCAUGAGAGAAGCCCUCGCUCUAAGGCUGGACCUUGUAGAAUCUAGAGUACAGGUAUGGUUCCAAAAUCGCCGUGCGAAGUGGCGAAAAAGAGAACACACCAAGAAAGGUCCUGGUCGCCCUGCCCACAACGCCCAUCCACAAACGUGCAGCGGCGAGCCUAUAGAUCCCGAGGAAGUUCAACGCAGGGAGCAAGAGCGUCUGGAAAAGAAACGAAGAAAGCAAGAAGAAAGGAAGAAAAGGAUUGAAGAAAAAAAGCGAGUAUUGGGCUCCUCGAAAUGUGGCCUUAGUAGGGACUCAGACGUGUUGUUGUCACAGUCGCAGGACGUUGACAGCCGAAUAGACGACUCGGAAGAUGCUAUUGACGUCGUUGGUGACAACAGUGACGGUGACGCCUCACGAGCUUCGGAGGAGCCCUCCUCACAUGACGAAAAUAGUAACCGCGUUUUAACAUUCAGAAGUGCGUUUAGUAUUGACUGUCUUUUAGAAGCCCCGAAAGUCCCGCGGGGGAGAAGGCCAAAUUCAAAAUACCCGAGGGUACAGGCUAGCAAAUCAAUGAAUCCCUUUUCAUUAGGGAUGGUGCCUCUGUACCCUAUAAACCAGCCGGUUGGGUUUAUGGUGGAGCAAAUACCAGAGAACGAGGAAUCAGAACGACUUUCGGAGGCCCGCUCUCCACAGAACGUGCGGGUCGAGCCUGAAACGCACAACGGAACUGAGCCUGAAAAUAAUGAGUUUGCUGUUCUAGAUUACUCUGUUGUUUCUGAGCCGGAUUCAGAAAUGCCACAGAAACAAAACCAAUAAAAGUAAAUAUAACUAAGGUUUGAAGGACUAUUUUAACGUUGUGCAAACUUGAUGUGUAUGCCAAAAUUCCUUGAAAUGUAAUGAUGUUUCGUUCGUGCUGCUGAUAUGUUAUCAGUUUUGAUAUGUUUCAUUAAAAAACAUGCGCCGAGAUGGUUUUGCUCCGUAUGUUGUUUAUUUGAAAUAUGAAAUAUUGUAGAUACUUAGAUUCUGAGAAAAAAGGUCUUUAGUAACGACUGUAAACUGUCAGAAUACAGGAAUUUUACUAACAAGUCCAUUUGUAAACAUAAACAGUGUAAGAAGUACAACUGCCAAUAUUCGAGAUAUCUUGUAGAUGAAUAGCCGUCACGAACGUUUCAAUCAUGUAAAUGAAAGGACUCUAGAAAUAUUUUUUAAUAACUUAAUAUCCCAUGUCUGUUUAAGUCCACUGAUGAUGAAGUGUCCCACAGUUUAGACAAAAUUACAAUUUACACAAAGAAAUACAACAAUUUAUUAUCUUGGUUUUAUGGACAAGGCGUUAUUCCAUCAUCAGCCCAAAAAUUGCAAAGAUGAAAACAGCGUUUCUUAUCGAAAAUGUUAUGUACUUAAAUUCACGCUGUAACUCUGUCAUGCUUUUAAUCGAAGUGUACUCGGCGUAGCAUUCUUAAGGGGCCAAAACACGAACGGCAUUUUAUUGAGUUAGUUCUCUAGUUAGAAUCCCAUUUAGUGCCGUCUCAUUUUGUGGACAAGGCGUUCUUUUAAGUACAUAUAGCGUUCUUUAUUGAGUUACUCGUCUCACGGGCGUUUUGAUUUUGCCAGUCACACCAAAUAGCACUCCACUCUGCUGCAGUAGUUCACUUGGCUUUCUUGUCCUAGUCGUCAUCUGCGUAGCGUAAAAUGGGAUAAUGAAUAGCUGAAACCCCGAUACACAGACCGCCAUAAGCUGUAGUGAUUCGAGUAACUUAGUUUGUCGAGAGUCCAAUCAGAAAACCAUUACACUGAGAUAAAAUCAAAUAACUUGAAAAAAAGUAAUAGAUGCGAGAAGCGUAUCAGAUAGUUAUUAGCCAAAAGAAAAGCUUAAUGGAUAAUUUAUUGUGACAUAGCACAAGUCAGUUGGGAGAUUACACGUGCCACGUUUAUAAUGCAAUUAAUUCAAUUUAAUAAACACCUCGAAAUUAAAUCAAUGGUUAUUGCAGUUAUUGUUUCUUGAAUACGAU